CACACAAAUAGAGAGCCCCCGUCCCUUCCCAGUUUUCCAGCGAAGCACAGCGCCGCGCAAUCAUCCUCUCUCGGCUUCGUGGCUCGUGGGUAACUCAAACUCCACCAGCGGUGCGUGGACGCGUCCUAUUCUUCUUCCCUCCCCACCUUUCCCCAACCUCUCCUGUCUCCUGCAAAUCCGAUCUCCCCGCGAUCAUGCGCAACUACGCCGCCGCCCAGCCCUCUCCUCCCGCCUCCUCUACCGCCACGUACGGCUCCUCCGCCGCCUACGUCGCUCCCGCCGCCAUGUACGGCUCAGGCGCCGCCUACGUCGCGCCCGCCUCUUCCGCCCCCGUCGGCGGAUACACCUACCCGGCGCCCGCCUCCUCCGGUGGCAGCAGCGCCGGGUACGCCAAGAUCCCAACCUACCCGGCGCCCCCGUCGGCGUACCCUAACCCCAAACCUGCCCCGACGCAAGUCUCCACCACCCACGCCGGGGCGGUCCAGGACCCCACGGCGCCGCCGUCGCCGCUGGUCAAGGCCGGCGAGCUCGUCACGCGCCUCCGGGAGCAGGGGCAGGCGCUCAUCGCGGCGCGCCGGCCCUGGGCCGAGGUCUUCCGCGCGCCGGCCUUCUCCAAGCCGCCCUCGCUCGGGGAGGCGCUCGCCCGGAUGCGCCGCAACACCGCCUACUUCCGCGCCAACUACGCGCUGGCCGUGCUCGCCGUCGUGGCGGCCUCGCUGCUCUGGCACCCCGGCACGCUCUUCGUGCUCCUCUUCCUCUGCGCCGCCUGGUUCUUCCUCUACUUCGCGCGCCCCGCGCAGGGGGGCCAGCCGCUCAGGGUCCUCGGGAUGGAGUUCGACGACGGCACCGUGCUCGCCGCGCUCUGCGGGGUCACCGUCAUCGCCAUGCUCUUCACCAGCGUUGGCUGGAACGUCGUUGGCUCCGUCAUGAUUGGGGGCGCGCUGGUCAGCGCGCACGCCGCGCUCAGGACCACCGACGACCUCUUCCUCACGGAGCAGGAGGCCGCCGGGGACGGCCUGGUGGCAGCUGGCAUGAGCGCCGCCGGACCCAUCUUGCCCACAUAUGUCCGCAUUGGUUGAUUCGUGCAGCCGGGUGGGUGUGGUAUUCAUCAAAUCAUGGUUUGCAGUCUUUAUGCAGUUCAGCAAUCUCGAUGUUAUUGCUUGCAGAUAGUAGCAAAUUUUCCUUGUAAUUACCAUCACGAUGUCUAAUAUUGGUUGUGGGUGUGUUAAGCUUUUCUAUAUUUGUGGUGAAACAAGUGCAAUGAUCAUGUGAAAUCAUUGCUGGAUUCCGAUGGUGUUUGGAAUGAUGAUGUUCGAAUCUGUUAUAUCUCAGAAUGACAACAGCGAUUUUGCCCGCACAUUCUAUUUUUGAUGCUUCAA